UGAAGGCCACUUUCUGACAGGAAGUAAACAUCACUGACUUCCGGCCUCUUCUUAAACAUUCACUACAUCCUAGUUUUCGUGUCUGUAUUGUUGUUUUCACAGGCCGCUGGUUGUCACCGUCACAGCGGCUCCACUGCUGCGGCCAUGAGCGCCAUUAUUCCCAGGAUAGAACAGCUGUCCGCGCGGGUUGUCCGGAUUCUGGGCUGUAACCCGGGACCAAUGACGCUGCAGGGAACCAACACUUACCUGGUCGGCACCGGGAAAAGGCGUGUGCUGAUAGACGCAGGAGACCACGACGUACCGGAAUACCUCAGCAGUCUCAAACAGGCACUGACACAGUUUAACACCAGCAUCCAGCAGGUCAUCAUCACACACUGGCACCAUGACCACAGUGGAGGCGUGGAGGACAUCUGCCGGGACGUCACAGGUUCUGAGGUGCCAGUCAGCAAACUGCCUCGCUCCAGCCGAGUCACGGAAACAGCCGGAAACAAGAGCUACACUUACCUGAGGGACGGAGACGUCAUCCAGACGGAGGGGGCCACGCUCAGAGUGUUGUUCACGCCGGGUCACACAGACGACCACAUGUCACUGCUGCUGGAGGAGGAGAACGCCAUCUUCUCCGGAGACUGCAUCCUGGGCGAGGGCACGGCCGUGUUCGAGGACCUCUACGACUACAUGAAGUCUCUGAACGUCCUGCUUGACUCCGAGGCUGACCUCAUCUACCCCGGACACGGCCCUGUGGUUCAGGACGCUGCCUCUAAAAUCCGACACUACAUCAGCCACCGGCAGCAAAGAGAGCAGCAGAUACUGAUGGCCAUUCAGGACGGACAAAGAAAACCUUUCUCUUCCAUGGAGCUCGUCAAGAUCGUGUAUAAGGACACUCCUGAACAUCUGCACCGAGCGGCUCAGGUGAACCUGGUCCAUCAUUUAAAGAAACUGGAGAAAGAUGGCAAGAUUAGUGCGGUUAAGGAGUCGUCACAGAUCACCAAAUGGAAGAGUAACCUGUGAUGAAGACAGUGAUCGGAUGUGCUCGUAAUUGAUCGGAAUCGUGAAAAUCCAUCAAAUCAGUGAAUUUAAUGAAAAUUAUAUAUAUGUAUGUAUGUAUGUAUAUGUAUGUAUGUACAGUAUAUAUAUGUAUAUAUGCAUAUAUAUAUACAUUAUGGUAAAACGACUUAGGUCUGGUGAUUUACAGUUUGAUACUCAGGGAAAAGAACAGAUUAGAUUAUUACAUUUAUUUUCAUUUCUGCUGCUGUUGCAACUAGAAAUGCUGUAUGUUCAUUCAGUCACUAGGAGGCAGUGUCUGUCAUGUCAUUUUCUUUGGAACAAGUCAAUGAGACAUUUUGCUCACAAAACAAAAUAACGGAGGAUGUGUUUGAGUUCAAGUGAGAAAAGUCUUAAGAGGUAAACAGCUUCAUUAAUUUGCAUUAUACAUAAAUAAAUAAAUAAAUGAAUGAAUAAAUACACUGUUUACUUCAAAGCAAA